AUGAUUUAAAAAGCUUACUAAUAGAAACUUUAUUAAAAGAAGGAGGUGAUUGAGGAUGAUUAAAUUAAAUUUAAAUUAAUAAAUGAUUCCAAUGAACAGAUUGGUUUUUCAGAUGCGCUAGAAUUUGAUAAAAAUGGAUAAACAAUGAUUUCAGGGAAUAUUGAUUAGGUAAGGAUUUGGAAUUUUGAGUAAGGAAGAUUAGAAUUAUCUUGUACAUAUUAAGUACAUGAACUAAGUAUUACAUCUUUGGUGUAUAGCAAAUAAAGCAAUAAUUUUAUUUCUGGUUCAGACGAUUACACAAUUAUAUGUUGGUAAUAAAUUAAUCCAUAAGAGUGGAAACAUUCUUAGCCAUAUAAGUAACACAAUGGCACUAUUAAUUGUUUAAUGUUGAAUAAAAAUGAGGAUUAACUUAUUUCAGGGAGUUGUGAUUAUACAUUAAGAGUUUGGAAUGUUGAUUUUUAAAGUAAUGAACUUACGUAUUUGUAUUCUUUAAAUAAUCAUGACAACACUGUUAGAUCGUUUAGUUUUAAUCAACAGCAAACAAUUAUGGCAUCUUGUGGGUUUGAUAAAUUUAUUAUAUGGGAGAAAGGAUUAUAAGGAAAAUGGGAAUUUAAAUAUAAAUAAUAGGUUGCAUAUGGAAGUAAGAUAAUUCUUAUUAAUGAUCAGUAAUUACUUUGGGUAACACUUGAAAGAAAGAUAGAUGAUAUUUUGGUGUUUGAAUAAUAGAAUGGAGUCUUUCAAUAGAAUAAUAACAAAACCAUAAAAUUGCUUAAGAAUAAUAAGUGUGAGGACUACUUUUAUUUCCCAAUUAUACAUAAUAGAGAUAGAAAUAUAAUAUUAGUCAGGCACAAGCAUCAUAUCUAUCUGAUAAGAGAAUUAAAUGAUGGCACAUUUAUUAUUAUUGCAUCAUUAGAUUGUUAAAUUUAAUAGACUUUUGGAACAAUGACAAUGAAUGGUUAAUAUCUAGUGGUUUGGGAUUUUAAAUACAAAAAAUAUUCAUCAUAUGAAAUUUAAAAUAUAUGA